UUGUAAUUCUAAUGGUGUGAUUGGUGACGGUGAUGAACUACUUUGUGCUACUCUAGUUGAGCGCACAUGCGCCGACAAGGUUUUUCCGGGGAAAUGGUCGUCCGCUCCGACGCACACUCAUACUUGUUACCACGGGGACAGGAUUGGGCUGGACAGGGGUAACUGCCGAGAAAGCCCUUACAAGUUAACGUGACUCUGUGCCUUAUAAGUAUUUUUCAUGUCGCAACUAGAAGACGAUGCCUAUGCUCUUAAAUGGAACAACAACAUAUCUGUUGCAACAAUUACCCUGGUAUCCUAUGAGUACAUUCUUCAGUUCGAGAAAGAGGUCAAGUUCGUUUGGGGAAGACAGUGGUCACCGAUGACAUACCUAUACCUCGUUGUUCGAUACUUUGGGGUUUUCAUUGCAAUGACUUACGCCUGUUGGGGUGGUCUGUUUUAUAUACCUGAAGCAGUGAGCCAUGGUAUUUUUCUGUUAAUGCAAUGGGGGAUUUCUUUAUAUUUUUGCUUGGCGGAAGUCAUUCUCAUCUGGCGUCUUUACGUUCUAUACAACCAAUCCAAGCCUGUACUUUAUGUUCUCCUGGGGUUUUUCAUACCUGUCAUCGCGCUCUACAUAGCGAUGGAUAUAUUUUUAUGGAGUCGACCUUCAGCGAUCUCAACGGAGGAAGUGAUGAUAACUUCGAACAUCAAGUAUUGCACGACUUCGUUCCACAUUGGGCCCAUGCCUGCGAUAUAUGCUUCCAUCCCCAUCAUAUGCUAUGAUAUUUUCCUAGUUAUUCUCGCAAUCGCUGUCCUCAAGAAACACCUCAGAGAACGGAAGGAACUCAAAAUGAGGCCUAACACCUAUGUAAUAAUGAUCGUCCAACAUCAUAUCAUAUACUUUGUCCUGAAUCUGGCAUGCCAAAUUUUCAUGGCGAUACUGUGGGCCAACCUUCCGACGGUAGCGAGCAUUUGGGAUACGCAUGCCAAUGAAAGCUGCGUACAUGUCAGUACGACGUUCGAAGAUUGUGUAUGUUGGACUUCGCCACCAGUAUUCGAUCAGCAUGAGACGGGCUCCUGCGCAUGAUGGUUCCAAAACGGGGAAGGAGGUAGAGUGAGGUCCUUCAAGCCCUCGGGCUCUAGCAAAACU